AUGUUCGUGAGGACCUAAAAAAGAUAAAAACAUAAGGAGUUGACUGAUGUGCUAAGAACUAUAACUUCUCCUAAUUGCUGUGUGAUACCCAAUAAAAUAAAUAUUAUGAAUAUUUUUUAAAAAUAAUGGCUGGAUGAAUUUCAUCAAAUGUGCUAUUACCCUCCCAUUGUUUAUUUCCUUUUAAAAAAAUAGGAUUAUCUUAUUAACAACUUAAAGCAUAGAAGAUUACUUUAAGAUGAGAAUAAAUUGUUGAUGCACAACAAUUCAAAUAACAAAAAUGAAUUGACAUCUACUAAAAAAAGGGAUGCCUAUUCAAAUAAAUGGUAGAAAGUAGGAAAAUUAAUAGAAACUAAAUCAGAUACAGUAUAAGAGGUGUAAUAAUCAAUAAAGGAAUAAAGUCAGAUUUAACAUGUAAUCCAUUUAAGCAAAGGAAAUGAAUUAUGAAGUCUAAAAAGCUAAAAUAUAAUGGUAAAUAGAAGGGGUAAUAGAAGGAACACUUGGCAGAUAGACUGUUGACUGUAUAAUGGAUUUAAUCGAUGCAUAAAAAUUAGGCAAAGGUUUAUUUGUUUCUGCUUCUAUUUAAGGAGGUUUAUAUAUUUAAGUUUAGAUUGAUGUUUAUUAAAUAGGCAAUAAAAUCUUUUGGAAGAGCAAUUUCAUAUUGUUGGAAUUGGAUUGA